AUGGGUAUCCACGAUGGGCGCAACGCGCGUAACGCUGACCUAGCGGGCGCAACAGGCGCAUCCAUCGCCCGCCAGAGCCAUCGGGUCCAACGAGCCUGCCGCACAUGUGCUGAGAAGAAGCUGAAAUGUACCGAGGAUAAGCCUUGCGAACGCUGCAAAGAGAAGCAGAUCGAAUGUGUUCCAGUGGAUCUCGAUGAUCAAAGUCAGUCACAGUCUCAAAAUCCUCCUCAGCCAUCAAUGAACGAUUCACUUAGCCAUGGAGUUUCAGCGUCGCCGCCAGGAGACGACAAUCUCCAAGACGAUGACGAGAUGUUCAUGGUUCAGCCUAGUAGCGAGUAUCUGGCUGUCGCUGAUGACGCCCUGGCUAUAUUCCCGGUCAAUGAAGCGGCUUUAUUGCAACAGGAACCCAUGAUGCAAGAUAUCUUGGGAGGAUCAAUGCCAUUUCCGGUUCCGGACGACUCCGUUCAGUUCGAUCAAGACUCAACGUUCGAGGCCAUGGAUUUCUUCUGCCUGGAUGGUCCCCUAGAGCCAUGGCCGGCGCUGCCUGCACCUAUCACGCCACAGUCAAUCACCUCGCCAAAACAGUCAACGAUAUCCCUGGGUGCCGGCGCUUACUCAGUUUCUGGAGCAUUCUCGACAUGGAUUCCACGAAAGGACGAUGGUCACGACCUUGAUGAGCAAGAUCUAGUCCUCCAAGGCACGGUGGAUCCUUCACCGCAGCACGGACUGUCUCUAGAUGGGCUGGAUAUAUCGAAAGAGGCCCUGUCGCCAAUGGUCAGGGAUGAGCUUCUAGCCAUGGUCCUCGGCCGUAUGUCAAAAGUGGCCUCAAAGCGGAUCAUCCGGUCCUUCCCUCCCAACGAAACUCUCAGAGACCUGAUAUAUAUGGCUUUGACGCACAUGCGGCAGAGACAAAUCGGGCAUUUCAUCCACCUCGCUUCGUUUGACUUGAAUACGCAACGUCCUGAACUACUCGGUGCACUGGUCGCCUAUGGAGCAACAAUUUCGAGCUCGCCCGAAGCUCGGAAAUUUGGCUAUGCCCUGCAGAAUAUCGUUCGCAUGGCCAUCAACCAGCUAGCCCAACAGGAACAUGUCGUGCUGAGGGAUCUGGACGUGGCGCAGGCAUUUUACAUUCAGACGUACCUUGGAUAUUGGAGCAGUGCUAACCGCCUGAUCGAGCUCGUCGAAAGUGGCUCUAUGUUGGGAGUCACAAUGCUACGAAAAGGAAAAAUGCUACAAGCGGAGAGUUACUACACCUUAGACGUCAUUCUAGAUCUUCCGGGCUUGUCGCUUCAGCAGAAGUGGCUAAUGUGGAUAGAGCAAGAGUCAGCCAAGCGAUUGGUUCACUUCGCAGCCAGUCUAGACUUCCAGGUGGCUCUCGUGCGGGAAACCGGUGCACUAUUUACUUACGAAGAGAUCCAAUGCCCUUUGCCGAUGCCGGCGAGACUGUGGGAAGCUGCAAACGCCACUGAGUGGCGAAAUUUGUUGGAUCGAGAACCUGCUCUGAAGAUGCAGCAACCUCCACCACUGAACAAGGUACUCUGGCAACCCUCCUUGCUUGCAAAAUGCACUGGGUCGACUGAUACUCGAUUUUGUGCCUAUGUCUACCUUAGUAGUUUCUGGAUCCUUGUCAAGGACUACUGGCGCAUGGCCUCUCUGCUCCCCGAAACAAAAGCCGCCAGCGACUUCGUGCUGACUGCACGCCACUCGGAACUCUUGGGCACUCUGGAUACCUUCAAGGCUGAAUGCACCGACGAACCGGAAGUCGCGCCAGAGAUCCUCUUGUUGCAGGAGGCUGCCUACUUACAUCUAUCGGCAUGGGUCGCGGGUAUAGCUCACUACUGUGGAGGGAAAACCGACUUUGAUGCACGAGCAGCGGCAGGCUACGUUCAACGAUGGCAUUCAAGUAAACAAUGUCGAGCCGCCGUUUGGCAUGCGGGCCAAAUCAUCCGUGCAGCCAGAUUGUUUCCAAUGCGCGCCUUAACGGACAUAUACGCCACAGCGCUGUAUCAUGCUGGGCUGGUGCUGUGGAUAUGGGGCCUGUUGUAUAGGGCGCAGGGAACCUAUAUCGCCAGUCCUGAUGCCCCAACCCUCGCAAUCGAUGGGAACGAAGUUCCAGACACAACAAGGUUCCUCCAAUCCGGUCGCUGCAGGCCGAUGCUGACAGAUCAAGCUGGAAAGCCCUUCUCUUUGGAGUCUCCUGCUCUGGCGACUGAGCUUGUGCGAGACAUACUCGCCGAUAAUUGGGGCCAAGAGCCGAUGGCACCUACACCGAGGGAGGCAUUUCGGUUCAUGCAGGCUUUUUCAAAGAUCACUCGUCAGCAAUUCAACUCCUGA